AUGUCACUCUGGCCCUCUAUUGGAAAGUGGGGGAUUACUUCCCUAAGAAAGGGAUUCUACGAAUUUGCUUUCUCCUCUCUUGAAGAUGUGCAACGGGUGAGAUUUGUGAAUGCGUGGAGCUUGUCACAAGGUGUUCUCAAACUAUUUCCUUGGUCGAAGGAUUUCACUCCGGAAACACUGAAACAAACUUUAGCACAAGUGUGGAUAAGGAUAUAUGCUUUUGAUUCAGCCUCAAGCAAAUAUGCUUUUGAAAGACCUUUUGGUCAUUUUGUGCGGGUACUCGUGGAUUUGGAUAUGACUAAGGAGUUGAGUUACAAAAUUCUGGUGGAAAGAAUCGGAUUCGCCUUCUUCGUUGAUAUAGAGUAUGAAAAGAUGCCGGAUUUCUGUCAUUUUUGCUCUUGUAUUGGUCACUCCAUCAACAAUUGUAAAAGAAAGGAAGCCAUUAAGGAUCAAGGUAUGGAAACUGACAAAAGAAUCAACAAGGACAAAGGCAAACAGGCAACCAAGCAUCAUUCAGAUGUUGACAAGCCUUCAGACACUAAUAUCCCAAAUGUGCCAACACCAGUGGUUGGUACUCAAGAGGUUAAGGAACCUUCUUGCUCACAACAUAAUGUCACUCAGCUGGUGGAGAACAUUCAUGAUGGGACAAAUCUGGAGAAUGAUAACACCUGA